AUGUCUUCGACCACGUUUGUCCUCCUUGUCAUCUAUGCCCUCUGUGCUGGCAUCGUGAGCACAUCUCCGUCGCCGGAUCACGCGCUCAUCUCCGCCCGCCACCAAGACCAGAAAUCAAAGACUGAACCAGUACCGGCCUACCUCACAAUUAAAGUCUACAACGAUACCACUUGCGGUCACAGUCACGUAUACGAAGUAUACGCCCAUAAUACCCAACCCCUCGCAUAUGGUAUCAUGUGGGCUCCCGGCUUAACAACCCGAUCGUACACCCUCAGCCGAGAUCUUGAACAGGACGAGGUCCUCGACUGGAACAACCCCUAUCCGUCCGGCUCUGCACCGCCGGGAGAUGGUAUCCCAGAACAGUGCGGAACAUACUCGCAGACCACGAAUCCGGACUCGAAUGGCAAUAUGCUGCACGGAAAUACCUGUUAUCUAAUGGCUCCCGGAGCAACGUGCCUGUACAUAUACAACACAACAAUGGUUCCCACUUACGAUUAUGCCGCCGGGACUGCUAAAGUGGCAGAGAAGAUAGUUUCUUGA